CCCAGCAUUCGAGGGUUGGAGAUGGCUGGAUUUGGGUCUCCCUGCGGAGCCUGCAAGUUCCUGAGGCGGAAGUGCGUCAGCGGCUGCGUCUUUGCUCCGUUCUUCCACCACGAGCAAGGCGCUGCGCACUUCGCGGCUAUCCACAAGGUGUUCGGGGCGAGCAACGUCGCGAAGCUGCUCAUGCACCUGCCCAUGGCGGACCGCUCCGAGGCCGCCAUUACCAUAUCCUACGAAGCACAAGCUCGGCUCCAAAACCCUAUUUACGGCUGCGUCGCCCACAUCUUCGCCCUCCAGCAACAAGUUGUGAAUCUACAAGCUCAGGUGGCCUCUCUCGAGGCACAAGCAGCACAAGGGCUUGGGAACGGCAUGACCGCGAGCCUUAAUCGUGAAGAAGACAGGCUCUACAGUGCACUGCAACCUCGUCAACAUGAUCUCCAGGGCUUCAUUGAUCAAGCGAGGCCGUUUUCCUCGAGCCCCCCAUCGGAUGUGGAGUGCAUGAACAGCUACAACAAUUGGAUUUCUGAGGUCAACUUCGACAUGGCUGAUGAGGAUUUGGCGUUGGGGAUCGAGAACGAGACGCUCUCACCGAUGGCCUGCUUUGACAUGCAAGACGACUUUUGGAAGUCAGUGUAUCACGACGCGAACGUCCGCCAUUGAUGAGCUUGUGGAUUAGUCGUCGUCUACAUCGAUUUUUUGCUGUCAGUGUUUGACAUGCAUAAGAUUUGCAUUCUAGUGGAAGACAUACAAUUAGCAGGAAAUCGACGAGGAACGUCAUUGUACCAGCUAGUUCUAAAUAGGACGAUGAAGUACAAAUUUAUUAGGGUUUCUUUCUUUGCCCGGACCAUAAAAUCUAGGGAAACAUACAUGUCUUUUUUCCUUUUACCUAUUUUUGAAUAAACUGUAUA